AGGGAAGAAAAGAGAGAGAAAAGAGAGGUGGCAGCAUUAUAAUCAGAACCAUUAGUUUUAUCCAUGUACAGAAGAUUCUGCAGGGAAAUGGUCCCUGAAAUAAAUAUACCUACUCUACACAGUCUACAGCAGCAAGCAGGCCUCUCAAGUAAUAAGUAAUGACCAACCCACAAACACACUUACAGAGAAACCAACCCACAAACACACUUGUAGAGAAACCAACCCUGUUUCCAUCUCUUCUUCAUGUUUGCCACUCUUCCACUGAACUGUGUGGUCUAAUAACUGCCCUUUUUCCCCACCUUUCUUAUUAGUUUGCUUUCAACAUUUUCUUCUCCUUUCUUAUUCUCUCUUGAAUGAUGAGUGGCAGAAACAGAUUUCCUUUUACUGCAUCUCAGUGGCAAGAGCUUGAACACCAAGCUCUAAUCUUCAAGUACAUGGUCUCAGGCAUUCCCAUACCACCUGAUCUCCUCUUCACCAUCAAGAGAAGCUGCUUGGACUCGUCACUAUCUUCUAGGCUUUUCUCUCGCCAGCCCCAACAUAUUGGAUGGAAUUGUUUUCAGAUGGGAUUGGGGAGAAAAGUAGACCCAGAGCCAGGGAGGUGUAGGAGAACAGAUGGAAAGAAAUGGAGAUGCUCAAAAGAAGCCUACCCAGAUUCAAAGUACUGUGAAAGACACAUGCAUAGAGGCAAAAACCGUUCAAGAAAGCCUGUGGAAGUUACUACUGCAACAAUAGCAAACCCUUCAACAGCAACCCCAAACAUCUCAUCAAUCACCAAGACUCACCCCUCUUCUUUUUCUUCUCUUUCUUCCAUGUCCUUGCCCUCCUCCGAGUCCCAACAGCACCACCAUCAACUUCGUUACCCUGGUUAUCAUUCCCAGGUCAAUCAUCCCUUUUUAUAUCCCCAUGCAUCAAGACCUCCAGGGAUUGGCCUGUCACCCCAAGAAAACACCACCCACUCUCUCCUGGACUCUGGCACUUACUCCCAGACAAACACUGAUUAUAGAAGAAACAGUUAUGUUUACGGGCUGAAAGAAGAGGUGGAUGAGCAUGCUUUUUUCUCUGAGCCUUCUGGGACAAUGAGGAGCUUCUCAGGUCCAUCUGUGGAUGACUCAUGGCAACUUACACCACUAACAAUGAGCUCCUCUUUUUCAAAGCAGAGGAGCUGCUCUGGCUUACAGAGUGAAUACUCGUACUUGCAGCUUCAAAGUCUCACUGAUCACACCUCAAAACAAAACAAGCAGGAUGAUGAGCAUUGCUACAUAUUGGGAAGUGAUAUCAAAUGUGAAAUGCCUAUUAAAUUGGAGAAGGGAGAACCCCAAAAGACAGUCCAUCGUUUCUUUGAUGAAUGGCCACCAAAACAUAGAGACUCAUGGCUUGAUUUGGAUGAUAAAUCAUCAAACAGCUCAUCAGUUUCAACAACCAGGCUCUCAAUAUCCAUUCCUUCCACUUCACACGACUUUCCCAUUUUCAAUUCAAGAGCUCAUAAUGAUGCUUGAGUAUCCAGUGGUUGGUUUCUGCAUUACGGUCCAAGAAUGUACUGACUUGGUGGGGAUCACUUCUUUCUGUGAAUUCUGACUAUUUAGUUUCCUUUAUUUAUGUCUCUUUUUUUUUUUUUUGCAAAAUUUGGUGUGUGUCUUUAAUGAAGGAUCCAAUGACUUCCAUCUUUACUGGUUUCUGUUCUUUUCAUAGUGCAAAUUAUAGUAGUUCAUAAAUAUAAGAUUGAAUGGCUCGUCCAAACGUGAUUUGCUGGCUA